GGUGUGUGUGUCCUGAGAGCAGCGAUCAUCAUUGAGAUGCAUGAAGAAGAGACUCCAUAGUGUUUUCCUGUUUUGUUGGCCUUCGACUGGAUUUAGCCUGUCAAAACUGCACCAGAGCAACGUGGGAUAAAGUUGUUGAAAUCAGGUUCCCUUCAGAUCUGUCUGCUGUGACUGAGACUUGAGUGAAAAAGUGAAGUCCUCUGUUCUCCUCAUCUCUUACGAUGAAUGAAGUAAAUGUUGUCAAAGAGGGCUGGCUUCAGAAAAGAGGUGAAUAUAUCAAAACAUGGAGGCCCAGGUAUUUCAUACUAAGGAGUGACGGUUCCUUCAUUGGUUAUAAGGGGAAGCCUGACCUUGGUGACCAGACUUCACCACCACUCAACAACUUUUCUGUUGCAGAAUGUCAGUUAAUGAAGACCGAAAGACCCCGCCCCAACACAUUUGUCAUCCGUUGUCUACAGUGGACCACUGUCAUUGAACGCACCUUCCAUGUGGACAGCAACGAGGAAAGAGAGGAUUGGAUGAGGGCAAUCCAAUCUGUUGCAAAUAGUCUGAAGAUGAGGGAACAGGAAGAGGAGGAACCAAUGGAUAUGUUUGGCUCACCGAGUGAAAGCAGCCUGGAAGAGAUGGAGGUGGCUAUGUCUAAGAUGGGCAACAAAGUGAAUAUGUGUGACUUUGAGUACCUGAAGCUGCUCGGUAAGGGGACCUUUGGGAAGGUGAUUCUGGUCAAAGAAAAGUCCACCGGAGUGCAUUAUGCCAUGAAGAUCCUGCGAAAAGAAGUUAUAAUAGCAAAGGAUGAAGUGGCACACACAGUCACAGAGAGCAGAGUGUUACAAAACACACGACAUCCUUUCCUCACGACACUGAAGUAUGCCUUCCAGACUCACGAUCGGCUCUGUUUUGUAAUGGAAUAUGCCAACGGUGGCGAGCUCUUCUUCCACCUUUCCCGUGAACGAGUGUUCACAGAAGACCGAGCACGCUUCUAUGGUGCUGAGAUAGUAUCAGCACUUGAGUAUCUCCAUUCACGUGAGGUUGUUUACCGUGAUCUGAAGCUGGAGAAUUUGAUGCUAGACAAGGAUGGCCAUGUCAAAAUCACUGAUUUUGGUCUUUGUAAAGAGGGGAUUACCCCUGAUGCUACCAUGAAAACUUUCUGUGGAACUCCUGAAUAUCUGGCUCCUGAGGUCCUAGAAGAUAACGACUACGGCCGCUCUGUGGACUGGUGGGGUCUAGGUGUCGUCAUGUAUGAGAUGAUGUGCGGCCGCCUGCCUUUUUACAACCAGGACCAUGAACGAUUGUUUGAACUCAUCCUCAUGGAGGAGAUUCGCUUCCCCAGGAAUCUGUCACCUGAGGCCAAGUCUCUUCUUGCUGGCCUGCUCAAGAAAGACCCCAAGCAGAGGUUAGGUGGAGGUCCUAGUGAUGCCAAAGAAGUAAUGAAUCACAAAUUUUUCAUCACCAUCAACUGGCAAAAUGUUGUGCAGAAGAAGCUCACCCCACUCUUCAAACCACAAGUGACAUCAGAGACAGACACCCGCUACUUUGACGAGGAGUUCACGGCCCAGACUAUUACUCUAACUCCUCCAGACAAAUAUAACAGCGUGGAUUGUGAGGACCCAGGCCAGCAAGCACAUUUCCCCCAGUUCUCCUAUUCUGCUAGCAUAAGGGAGUGAAAGCAUCUCUUAGCCAUACACACACACACACACACACACACACACACACACACACACACACACACACACACACACACACACACACACACACACACACACACACACACACACACACACACAGAACAAAAGAAAUUAAGAAACAAACACCUUGGACACAUCCUUUACUGCUAUAAAAUGACCUUAACCUCUAUUAUUUACAAGGUUUUGGUCCCACCAGGAUCUUUUAAUGCUUAGACUGGAAUCAUAUUGUUCUGGAGAAGCCCUCUUUUGUCCACACUUUGGACAAUGGAGGGAGUGUAUAAAACUGGAGAACCUCACACUGUAAUAGUUCAGCACAACUCAAGAACAAAAUCAGGGCUCUGUAGCACCUUUGGAUGGGCUAUACACAACAAAUGCUGCUUUUUCCGGCUGUGAACUGUGGACAAUCUUUAACACUAUCCUUUUAUGCCUUAUGAGGAACCAUACAGGUCCUCCAAAGUGCUUUUCUUCACAACUAUGAACUAGCUGUUACCUAUGGUGACAGACGGGUUUACAUAUGAGGGAGGAAGGAGCUCGACUAUUAUUUCUGCUAGGUGUGUGUUUAGAUUUCUUUUUUUUCUUCUGAGAAAACAGGUGGCAUCAUAUCCAGACUGUAUGUCAAUUAUUCAGUCAGGGUGUCAGUGACAGCAUGGUUUGUGUGUGUCUAGAUAAAACAUUUUCCAAAUAUGCAUCAAUUACUAUGGGUGAAUUUGAAUACACAUGAUGGAAGUGUCUGUCGUGAAAAGGGUUUGACAAAGUGAAACACGGCGUGUCUGAGAGAGGCUGUGUAUUUUAAAUUCUAUUUAAUGAAGCGACAAACACUUCAAAAUUAGUUUGCUUUCAUCCAAGAAUGUGAACUUUGUUAGCAGAUCUUUUAUGUGUGAUUCAGAAUGUCUCUAUGCACAGGUGUCUUGCAUAUAUAUUUUUAAUUUGACAGAUUUUUGAUGAUCCUAGAGCGAAAAAAUUCACCACAGCUUUGUGAUUUAACCUGAUUUUUUAACACUAACUGCAUUUCACCAAGCCUCAUUUGCCUUUAUGGGCAUGCUCGUAAUGUAGCUGAAACCUUCCUGGAAAAACCUUCAAGCUUAUUAUUAAUAAACAUCUCAACAAAAUGUGUCUGCUGCACGGAGUAGAAUAAACUCCCCAGAUAAGAAAAGUUGGCAUCAAAUGUCCAAUCUGUAACUCUUGACUUCUGUGAUCAGAUAGUAUAUGAUUUACAUUUUUACUUUAGAAUAUUUAUUUUAACAGAGUUCUAGCAGGCUGCUUGUGUUAGAUGUUAUAUGAUAACUGUAGAAAUCCUCAAAAAAGAACACUAAAAAAGAUGCUAGUAGUGAAACUGAAACUGAUGUUGAUGAACGGAUAACCAGGCUUAGGCACCAAACGGAAAUUAUUUUCUUUUAGGAAGGGUCAUAUUUAGUGUGCCACCUUUUUUUGCUCUCAAAGUUUAUAUUUAAAGGUUUCAAAUUCACGUAACAUUUUUGACACUAAGAAAGUAUUCUUUCUCCAAAUGAUAACACUUUAUCUGCUGGAGACUUGACAUGCUUGUUAGCUAUGCAGAAAAGGCAAACCUUGUAAUGCCAUAAUUUACAAUGUAAGUUGAAUAUUCAUACAGCAGUAAUAUUAGCUGUAAAAUCUUCUGUAACUAUCAUAUUUUUUGCUGUUUUGAGAAUGUCAAGGACCUUUAAACUGCUGCAUUUGAGUCAAAUAUCUUGAGUGCAUUGAGGUGAAAACAUCAUGAACAUGAUUGCCUUAGUGCAGUCAUGACCUCCAAUAAUGCUUCUUAUUUAAUUUUAUUGUCUUCUCUGUGAAUUAACACUGAACAUUAUGAAAUUGUAAUUGAGAGGGUGUGCCUUUUAGAUUUGUGAUACAGACCUAUGUACCUGUGUUCCACUGCACGGCAGACAGCCUGCAUGCUAUACUGAUGAGCUGCUGGUAAUAAAUGAAUACUGGUGUAGACAACCUGCUCAGCUUAACAUACAUCACAGCCUUCUACCAAAUGUAGUAUUUUUUUAAAAGCAAUCAUUUUUGGGGUUGUUUGUCUUGUUAUUUUUCUGGUCUUACUUCAAACUCUGUUUUCAUCUGAUUUCCUGUACCCUGUUGAACUGUUGAAAGAAAUGUUUUUGUUUUCAGUUUCAAUAUCCUUUUUAAACAAUUUGUUUUUGCUUGUCUGUGAAUGUAAUUCUGAGAGACAAAGAAAAAUACCUGUUUAAUUUUGAACCAUCUUUAUACAUCCUCAAGUUUGUUUUCAUUCUUUUUCCUACCACUACAGGGUGCUCCUCUUCUUCUUUUGGUAAUACUGUCUGUAUUACCAAAAGACUGAAGUCAUGCUUGGUAAACAACUGUUAACUGUGUUGAAACAGCAAAAGGCAGAAGUUGCCAGCAGCCAAUCUGAGAUCACGAAGAGUCUCAUUUGCUCUCUACAACCAUAGACACUACCACUGCAGAUGGACUAUGAACAAUAACAGCCUUGAUGAUGUUCUAAAGCUGAGGCAAUCACUGUAGCCAAAUGCCUCUAAAAAAAGUGCAAAUGCAGAGCUGCGGUCCAAUUGUUCACUUUCCUUUAAACAUAACUGUCACAUUGAAAACUGUAAAACAAGUGCAGAAAGUCUAUUUGAUCCGUUGGUCUUUGACAGAAUGGAUUUACAUGAGUACUAAAUCAGUUGUAAAGACAUGCCCUGUUUGACAACAUCUGUGUGGGGCUACAAGAAAGGCAAUGUUUAUGAAAGUCAUUCUGAAAUGGGCAUUGUGCAGUACAAUACAAUAAUAAAUUUGACAUUUUCAUAA